AUGUUGGGGCUGGUGCUUGUAAACAUUGUCAUUAUUGAUACCAGAAACGAUGCCUGCAGAGAUUAUGAGCAAAUCUUCGCCAAGCAGGCGCUGUCCCAGGCCCAGAAGUCCAUCGACCGGGUCCUGGACAUUCAGGACGAGGAGCCGGGAACCUGGGCCGACACCAUUCCCUACGGGGACCCGGGCUUAAGUCCCCCGGUCAGUGGAGGAUGGGAUACUUCCACCUGGGGAUUGAAAUCAAACACUGAACCACAGAGUCCACCGACGGCUUCUCCUAAAGCCAUCACAAAGCCGGUGAGAAGGACUGUAGUAGAUGAAUCUGAAAAUUUCUUCAGUGCCUUUCUCUCUCCAACGGAUGUCCAGACUAUUCAGAACAGUCCGGUGGUAUCAAAGCCUCCAGCUAAAUCACAACGACCGGAAGAAGAAGUGAAAAGCACUUUACAAGAAUCCUUACUCUCUGGACAGUCAGAAGUUACAGAGACAGCUGAGUCAGAAGUGAGAGACCCUGUGUGUGUACCAGGGAAAACUGUGGCAGUGGAGUCAUCACCUCAAACUGAAGGCAAGCAAGAAGAAACUGUUGAUAAAGAGUCUGAAAUGAAGGUGCCUGCUAUAUGCUUGAAGGUGUCUGAGAAUGUGAUUAAGGCAAAAACAGCUUCAGAAAGUGUGUCUAGCAUGUCUACGCAGUCUCUCACAGCAGAAACAAAGGACAUGGCUUUGGAAGCUAAGGAGCAGAAACAUGAAGACAGACAGAGCAACACACCCUCUCCUCCUGCUAGUACCUUCUCCUCGGGUACUUCUACCACCAGUGAUAUUGAAGUUUUAGAUCAUGAAAGUGUAAUAAGCGAGAGCUCAGCAAGUUCAAGACAGGAGACUACAGAUGCCAAAUCAAGUCUUCACCUGAUGCAGACGUCUUUUCAGCUUCUCUCUGCAUCUGCUUGUCCUGAGUAUAAUCGUUUAGAUGAUUUCCAAAAGCUCAACGAGAGUUGCUGCUCAUCUGAUGCUUUUGAAAGAAUAGACUCAUUUAGUGUACAGUCAUUAGAUAGCCGGAGUGUCAGCGAAAUCAAUUCAGAUGAUGAGCUGUCAGGCAAGGGAUAUGCUUUAGUGCCUAUUAUAGUUAAUUCUUCCACUCCAAAGACUAAAAUAAUUGACUCUAUUGAGGGAAAAGCUGAAGAAGUAGUAAAUGAUGAAACAGUUAUACCCACUGAAGAAGCAGAAAUGGAGGAAAGUGGACGCAGCACCACACCUGUUAACUGUGAACAGCCAGAUACGCCAGUUGAACAGCCAGAUACUCUGGUUUCUUCUGUGCCUACAACUGAAGGAUGUAAUACUGGCUUAGAUGAGCUAUCUGAGCAGCAUGAAGUUGCAGAAAGCCAGCCAGAAGUACUUUCUGAGAAGGAAGAUGCUUGCAAGACCAUUGAAUUUCUGAAUGAGAAACUGGAAAAAAGGGAGGCUCAGUUAUUAUCUCUUAGUAAAGAAAAAGCACUUUUAGAAGAAGCUUAUGAUAACCUGAAAGAUGAAAUGUUCAGAGUCAAAGAAGAAAGCAGCAGCAUUUCUUCCUUGAAAGAUGAGUUUACUCAGCGGAUUGCAGAAGCAGAAAAGAAAGUACAGCUCGCCUGCAAAGAGAGAGAUGCUGCUAAAAAGGUAAUUAUUAUUCAACAUAAGUUCCACAAAGGGCAUAGGAAGGUCCUUGAUGGCAAAGAAGAAGUUGAGAAACAACAUAGAGAAAAUAUUAAGAAACUAAAUUCUGUGGUAGAACGCCAAGAGAAAGAUCUUGGCCGACUUCAAAUAGACAUGGAUGAACUUGAAGAAAAGAACCGCAGUAUUCAGGCUGCCCUGGAUAGUGCAUACAAAGAACUUACUGAUCUUCACAAAGCCAAUGCUGCAAAGGAUAGUGAGGCACAGGAAGCUGCUCUGAGCCGUGAAAUGAAAGCUAAAGAAGAACUUUCUGCAGCCCUAGAUAAGGUUCAAGAGGAAGCCCGUCAGCAACAAGAAACAUUGGCAAUUCAGGUGGGGGACCUGAGACUGGCACUGCAGCGGGCAGAGCAAGCAGCUGCUAGAAAAGAGGACUAUUUACGCCACGAGAUCAGUGAGCUUCAGCAGAGACUCCAGGAAGCAGAGAAUCGAAACCAAGAACUGAGUCAAAGUGUUUCUUCAACAACAAGGCCAUUGCUUCGGCAAAUAGAAAAUUUGCAAGCUACCUUAGGGUCCCAGACAUCAUCAUGGGAGAAAGUGGAGAAGAAUCUUUCUGAUAGGCUUGGUGAAUCCCAGACCUUGUUGGCAGCAGCAGUUGAAAAAGAGCGUGCAGCUACAGAAGAACUCCUUGCCAACAAAAUUCAGAUGUCUGCAGUGGAAUCACAGAAUGCACUCUUAAGACAGGAAAACAGUCGAUUUCAAGCCCAACUGCAAUCAGAGAAAAGUAAGCUAAGAAAACUAGAGGAUGAAAAUAAUCGGUACCAGGUUGAAUUAGAAAACCUAAAAGAUGAAUAUGUAAGAACACUUGAAGAGACAAGGAGAGAAAAGACGCUGUUGAAUAGUCAGUUAGAAAUGGAAAAACUGAAAGUUGAACAAGAAAGGAAGAAAGCUAUUUUCACUCAGGAAGCAUUGAAAGAGAAGGAACCAAAACUAUUUUCAGUUUCCAGCACUCCCACCAUGUCACGCUCAAGUUCAAUAAGUGGAGUUGAUAUGGCAGGGCUACAAACAUCUUCUCUGUCUCAGGAUGAGUCUCAUGAUCAUUCAUUUGGACCAAUGGCUACAUCAGCAAGUGGAAGCAACCUUUAUGAUGCUGUGAGGAUGGGAGCAGCAGGAUCGAGCAUUAUUGAAAGUCUACAGUCUCAGCUGAAGCUACGAGAAGGAGAAAUUACCCAUUUACAGAUGGAAAUUGGUAAUCUAGAAAAAACUCAAGCAAUAAUGGCUGAAGAGUUAGUUAAAUUAACAAACCAAAAUGAUGAACUUGAGGAGAAAGUAAAGGAGAUACCCAAACUUCGUACUCAGUUAAGAGAUUUGGAUCAAAGAUACAACACUAUUCUGCAGAUGUAUGGAGAAAAAGCAGAAGAAGCAGAAGAACUUCGGUUAGAUCUUGAAGAUGUGAAAAAUAUGUAUAAAACUCAAAUAGAUGAACUUUUAAGACAAAGACUCAGUUAACUUCUGAAAAUUGAAUUCCUAUCAAGCUGAAUGUUAGCAUCUAAUAUCUAAAUGCAAACUUCCAAUAAAUUCUUUUAUAGAAUUAGAAAAUAGGAUUUACUGGAGAGAGCAAAUUUUUUAUACCUGUUUUACAGUAUGUAGUUAUAUUUGCAGUUAAAUUAUUUUGUGCAAUAUUUGAACAUUAUUUUUAAAACUAUUCUUUAAAGAUUUAUUUUUUAAGGCAUUCAAUUUUUUUUUUUUUGCCUUGAAUAGCACAGAGACUUGUUACUUUACCCACUAAUCACUAUGUCUAGGGGAAGAGAGUGGUGUUCAUACAUAAUUGUACAUAUAUUAUUAGUUGUAUCUAUAAUUUAUACAUGUUUAUUGUAUAUAUUGAGAAUGUUUAAAAGUAAUAUUAACAUAUUAAAACUUUGAACUCUUUACACAAAUCUUCAAUAUAUCUGAUAAAAAUAUUUUUUAAGUGAUCAAGUAAAGUUGCUUUACCUGUGGUUAUUAAAUUUAAAGAUUUUUUUUUUCCUUUAAAAGCUGAAGUUACACUGAUACCAUCUGAAGUUUAAAGAGUGAAAAGUUAAAAAAAAAUUUUUUUUUGAGAUUUUUACAUCAUCCAGGUUCCAUAAUUAAAUGUGAACUAAGUUUGGUAUCUUUUGGUGCCAAAGAAAGCUACACAUGCUCAAAAUUACCUAGACAUAAUUGGAUAAUGGAAAAUUAAGAUAAUUUGUAAUGCCAUCAGUAACAUUUAAGUAAUUUUGAGAAAGCAUUAUUCACUCAUUAUAAACUGAACCAAAACUAAUAAAAUUAUUAAUAUAAUUCUUUAAACUACUUUAUACAUUUUAUAAAGCCAUAUUCUUGGCACAUUAAUAAUGAAUUGUUUUUCUACAAUGGAAUAUAUACCACAAAAUAGAAAAAUUGUUGGAAUUAAUUUAAAUCUGAGAUUUUACAGCUUGUGUAAUUUCUCAUUUUUUUUCUUGAAGCUUUAAACUAAUAAUAUUUUUAAAAAGAGUGUGAAAUGGCUUUAGAAAAUAGUUAUAUCCUUUCCCAAAUGCAAUUUUGUUCAAAAGUUACCUGGGUUGAAUUUUACACCUGCAAAAUAUUUUAAUACGCGUUUAUUGUAGUUCCUCCUUCUCUGUGGUAUCAACCCACAGGAACUACAAUACAAAAAUAUUUGGGAAUCCUAAAUUUAAACUCAUUCGUACACCCUUGGGUUAGUCACUUAGUGGCCUCACAGCACUGCAGAACUGUAUCUAGGAACCCUUUACUACAUGGCCCCAAAGCAGAGAUGCAGAGGGGAAGGAAGGCAGCACUUCCAUUAAGUGAAAAAAGGAGGAAGUUUCUGUGGAACAUGAGCAUCUUGGUCCUCUAUAUGGUUUCACUGGGUAUCUGGGAACAUACCUUCUAUUGAUAAGGUGGGAUUUUACUCUACUUUCAAAAUCUUGAAUUUUUAGUUAAAUUUAAAACAUUUUUGUUGUUGUUGU